AGUCCCGGCAGACCCCGGAGGGUGAAUUCCUGCCGCUGGAUCAGCUGGAGCUCGACGUGGGCUUCAGCACCGGGGCUGACCAGCUGUUCCUGGUGUCCCCCCUCACCAUCUGCCACGUGAUAGACUCCAAGAGCCCGUUCUACGACCUGUCCCAGCGCAGCAUGCAGACCGAGCAGUUCGAGAUCGUCGUCAUCCUCGAGGGCAUCGUGGAGACCACGGGGAUGACGUGCCAAGCCAGGACGUCCUACACGGAGGACGAGGUGCUGUGGGGCCACCGCUUCUUCCCCGUCAUCUCCCUGGAGGAGGGCUUCUUCAAGGUGGAUUACUCGCAGUUCCACGCCACCUUCGAGGUGCCCACCCCGCCCUACAGCGUGAAGGAGCAGGAGGAGAUGCUGCUCAUGUCCUCGCCCCUCAUCGCGCCCGCCGUCGGCAACAGCAAGGAGAGGAACAGCUCGGUGGAGUGCCUGGACGGGCUGGACGAGGUGGGCACGAAGCUGCCCUCCAAACUGCAGAAAAUCACCGGCAGGGAGGACUUCCCCAAAAAACUCCUCAGGAUGAGCUCCACCACGUCGGAGAAGGCCUACAGCAUGGGGGACCUGCCCAUGAAACUGCAGCGCAUCAGCUCGGUGCCCGGCAACUCCGAGGAGAAGCUGGGCUCUAAGACCACCAAGAUGAUGUCGGAUCCCAUGAGCCAGUCGGUGGCCGAGCUGCCGCCCAAGCUGCAGAAGCUGUCGGGGGGCGGGAGGAUGGAGGGGAACCUGCCCCCCAAACUGCGCAAAAUGAAUUCCGACCGCUUCACAUAGCCCAGGGCGCCCGGGGCCACCGCGGGGAGCUGCGACUGCUCCGGGGAGGGCAGCGGGGCCGGGAGGGGCCCUGGCACCGGCACCGGGGGGAAGGGGGUGCGGAACUCGGAGGUCCGGAGGCAGGAGAUGCCCCCCUGGGCGGCGCCGGGGGCGUUGGCAUGUACCAUCACACCACGCAUGCGAUACCAGUGUGCCAUCCCUGCAUAUCGUCCUGUGGCAUGACUCCCACUGUAGUGACACUGUACAGCCCCAAAAAAGCGGGGAGGGAGGGGCCCUCCCCUCCCCCCCCACCCCGUACCCCUGAAGGAAUAGGGACAACAUGCGAGCGGGGAGCUUUCAGGCUGGACAUGAAACAAGCUGAAUGCCUCCACGAAGCCAAGCAGGCUCCUCUGCUGGAUGAACUGCACCCCAAAGGCAGAGCCACCUGAGUUCCCCCUGUCCCUCCAGGCUCGGAUUUCCCUCCUCUUGCUGUGCUGGCAGCUGGGCCAGCAGCCCUGCAGGCCGUGGUGGUCCCCAGCCCGGGUAGGCUCCUUGCUGCUUUUGCUGUGGUGGAAACGAUGUUUGACCGUGCUCUGAACUGAAGUUGACCCUGUGGGUUUCAAAAUGAGUAAUACUUUGUGUAAAUGUUGGGGUUGGUGUCCUCUGUGCUCUUGGGUUUCCUUUGCCCAUCCCGUUUGGCUCCGGGGUGGGCUGGGUGUUGUGUGGGUGCCCCGUCAUGGUGUCUUCUGCUGGGGGAGCACCCUCCCCAGAAUUCCAGAGGUCAGCUGUUGAGGUGCCCGUGGAUCCUGUGGGCUGUGUUUGGGGGCCCAUCCUUUGGCUGUUUCCUGGAGCAGGAGGUCUGGGAUGGAUGGAGCCGUUGGUGGCACCAUCGGUGGUCUGGGUAGGAAAGCUGCUGCCAAGAGCACCGGGAGGAGGGCCCUGUGGGAUGUCCUCUGCGUGUAAAACCCUCUGGACCACAUCCAGGUGGUCCCAGGCGUGGACAGGUGGGGGUCAGAGGAGCACCCGUGGCUUCAUUAAUGGAUGGGCCCUUCUGGCUCCCAGGCCCUGGCCCAUCCUGCACAAAUGCUGGCACGUGCUACCCAACUGGUUACAGAUCUGAUGGUCUUGGAGGGGAAAAGGGGGGGUCAUUAGAAAUGUUGGCAUGGAGCAAGAAGCCUGAAGCCCAGCACUGCUGGGGGCUGGCUCAACUUUCCUUGGAAGUUACAGUGUGUGACCUGUCAGUUGUACACCCAAGGACUUUGUGUGAGCUUCCAAAGUUCCUUUCAUCAUUUCUCCCCCUUUUUGAGUGGCCCUGCAUGUUCUUCCCACCCGUGGCUGCCCCUCAGUGCUCUGCACGUUGCUGUGAGGGGCAGGGCUGACCUGUGCUCCACACGUGCUCAGCCACGGGAAAACCUGGCCUUGUGCUCCCCCUUUUCCCCAACUCUCCUUCAGGUUGUCUUGUAAACUACCCCUGACUUUUGUGGCUGUUCUCCCAGCCCUUGGCUGGCACCAGGAAUAGCCAUGUCCCGCUGCCAGGUGUCCCCAGCAAAGCCACCACCCAGCCCGGCCCAGCGAGCCAAGGGCGCUGCCCAGCCU